UGGUACGAUUCAGUGUGUUUGGCAUCACAAACCCACCAACGGAAAUAAACAAAAGAAAAAACCAAACCAAUUUUCUUAAAGAACGUAAAAAAGAAAAAGAAGAGAAGAAAUCUCUUGAGGUUUCUCUUUCUCUCCCUACAAGAUAAGAAAAUUGUUUUUUACGAGACUCGAACACUCCUUGGUUGAUAAGUCAUAGAAUCAUCAUGUGGCUAGAGAUCGUCUGUGGUCUGAUCGUUUACAAGUUGUGCAAAUGCUUCUUCUCCGACGCUGACGACGUUUUAGCGGUCCAAUCCUCUGACACCAAUGCACUUUUCAAUGUUGCUAACAAGCUUGAAAAGCUAUAUGGAGGAAAGGUUUAUGCAGGGCUCCGAAUUCCGGAUGCUGACACUGGUUCAAGGCAAAAUAUAGAUAUAGUUCUUGUCACCAAAGGUGAGGCAGUGGUGAUUUCUGUCAAGAAUUUCUCGGGAUUUGUAUCAAUCAGUGGUGAUGGCAGCUGGGUGUGUGAAGGUGAAGGUAGACACAAAUCAGAGCGUCAUCCUGAUCCUGUGGAGGAGACUAAAAAGCAAGCUUCAAUUCUUGAAUCAUAUCUUGAACAAAGGGGAGUUGCUCUACCUGAAGGAUAUUUGUCUUGCAAAGUUGUACUUCCCAAUCCUAAUUUGCAUACAAUCCAUUCAGGCUAUUUUGCACCUGAGGUUAUUACCUAUGACCAAUGGGUACUGCUGAAACCUGAACCGAAAGGCCUAUUUUCUGGUUGGAUAAAGGGUGCCUUUCGUGGUGGAAAGAAGGAGAUGCAGGAAUCUAUACAUCAGAAACUCAACUUCACUCUACGCACAGCUCCUAUGUGGGACAGGUUGGAGCUUAAGGGUAAUAAAUAUGUCCUAGGAGAAUUUCUGGAGUUUAAAGGAAAACAAGAAGAUACCAUGGCUUUGAGGAACAUCAAAAGAUCAAAAGUUAGUUGUUUGAUCAUGCAAAAGACGAGCAUGUUUGGACUAGCCAAUUCAAAGCUCCAGGUUUUGUACUCUGGCCGUGAUUAUCGAAGUGAAGGGGCUUCAGCUUCUGAGUGGAAGGAAGAAACCGUAAGAUCAAGUACAGAGGUUCUGUUUCAGGCAGAGAACUCCGCUAAAGUCCGCAAAUUCAAGCUUUCUUCAAUUAUCUCCAUGUCACUAAGUGCCUAAACAUGCUCAUGCUGAAUACAAAUUAUGCAUUGCUGUGGAAGCUAUAGGUCAUAGGCUAUGAUGUCACCUUAUGACUGCCUUCUUACGCGGAAGUGGAAAAUUAUUAAGUUUUGAUGUAUGUACAGGGGAGGAGAUAGAUGGCAAAGUAAUGCGAGAUCAAUGGUGAAGAAAAUAAGUCAACUUGACUCGUCACUGUUAAUUUUAGCUGCACAUUCUUUCCGGGGUGUUUAUUUUUAGCUGCAGCACCUGUUUAGAAAUGCCGGGUUGGGGCUCCGUGAUUUCACCCGUGUUUCCAAACAUGUCUGUAAUUCUUUCCUAGUUUUUAAUUUUUAUCAAAUGAAAUUGAUUUUCAAUAAAAACUAAAGACUUUGUUAUA